CACCGGCGGAAGUAAACGAUGCAAGGGCGUUGGUAGCAACAUUAGCUUAAUGUAGGCAUUUGAAGGCUGUUGUGUUGUUGUGUAGCAGAUACAUAUUUCACUAGUUUAGGUUAUAAUGUCUUCAGUUCCACAUUUAAGAGAUUUUAUAAACGUGACACAAACUUCUGCUGCUGAAGAGAAAGUGACAGAAUUUCAGAAAACCAUCGUCCAGCAUGAGGAAGAGAUGGAUCAUCAGCGCAGACUGCUGGACAUCAUCUGGAAACCACAGAUAAAGCUACAUAGAGUAGACCUGUCACAGCAUUUUGUCUUUAAGGAGGACACGGUUGACCAGCAGCUCUGUAAGAGCAAGACCAGUUCCAUUCUGGACCAGGAGGACCCAGAUCUUCCACGGAUUAAAGAGGAACAAGAAGAACUGUGCAUCACUAUGAACCAGGAGGACCCAGAGUCUCCUCAGAUUAAAGAUGAACAGGAUAAACCCUGCAACAGUCUUGACCAGGAGGAUCCAGAGGCUCCACAGAUUAAAGAGGAACAGAAAGAACUCUGUGCUAGUUUGGAUCAGGAGGACCCAGAGCCUCCACACAUUAAAAUGGAACAGGAGGAACUUUACACCAAUCAGGAGGGAGAUCUGCUUGUUGUAAAGCUGGAGACUGAUGCCUUUAUGGUGACUUCUGCUAAUGAGAACAACGACCACAGUAAACUAGAACCAAACAGUGACAAGCUCCUUUCUCGUAACUGUUUUGUGACAGACAGCCCAGAUCAUGAUGGAAAGAAGGAUGUAGAUUCAGAAUCAAGUGGAAAUGCAAAGCUGAGGCCAAAGAAGAAACAUCACAGUAACAAUGUAGACAAAUCUCAUUUGUCAGAGAGUCACAGUAAUAAUGAUACGGUGAAAAAAUCGAUAAAAUGUUCUGUUUGUGAUGAAACCUUUAAAGAUGAGUACCAAAUGCAGAAACAUCAGAGAAUUCACACCGGUGAGAAGAUGUAUGUUUGCAAAAUUUGUGAGAAAAGGUUCUACAAGGUGUCAUUAUUGAUAUAUCACCAAGGAGUCCACACAGGUGAGAUGCCUUAUUCUUGCAAAACCUGUGGUAAAAGUUUUAGGGUUGGCUAUUACUUGACACGCCACAUGAAGAUCCACACAGGUGAGAAGCCACAUUCUUGCAAAACAUGUGGGAAAAGUUUUGUUAGUAGCUCUUACCUUAAAACUCAUAUGCAAAAUCACUCAGGUGAGAAGCUGUACCCUUGCAAAUUAUGUGGGAAAGUCUUCAGUCGUAGCUUUCACCUUAAAGUCCAUUUCAGAAUCCACACAGGUGAGAAGCCAUAUUCUUGCAAAACAUGUGGUAAAAGUUUCACAUUAAAUGAGAAAUUGUUGCUCCACAUGAGAACCCACACAGGUGAACGGCCAUACCCCUGCAACACUUGUGGGAAAUUGUUUAAAGAUACCUCAACAUUGAAAAUACACAUAAGAUCUCACACAGGUGAGAAACCUUAUGCCUGCAGCGUCUGUGGAAAACAAUUUAAAUCUGUCUCACAACUGACACAACACCUGAGAACUCACACAGGUGAGAGGCCGUAUUUUUGUGAAACAUGCGGGAAAAGCUUCAUUCAGCGUAGCCAUAUGUUGCGCCACAUGACAAUUCACACAGGUGGGAAGACAUAGUCCUGAAAAAAAUAAUCUGGGAACCAACCUUGAAAAAACAUGUAAGAAUUCAUAGAGGUUAAUCACAACUCCAAGUGUCUGUGUUAGCAAGUUGUAAAGUACAUUUUUUAAUUCACAGCAGUGACUUCCAACCUUAUUUUUUACUUGAAUUACAAUCAAGUGCCUCAUGUACAUGAAAGGACGUUGAGAAAUGUCAAUUUUCAUUACCUAAUAAAAGCUCAUUUAUGCUA